AUGUAUCUACCGCGCCAGCUAAUAUCGCAUCUCUACCUCCAACUUCUCCAAUCGCACCAUCCACUGUCGCCACCCGUUCUGAUUCUCGUGGCCCUCGAACCAGACGCCCUCUGCGCCUGUCGCAUCCUCACGGCCCUUCUCAAACGCGACUAUAUCCCGCAUAAGAUCCAGCCAGUAGCCGGAUAUGGAGAUCUCGCCCGCGCGGGGGAGGAGCUGGUCAAACCCAUGCAGACCACUCACGGUGGGAGCGGCGGCGUGGUGAUCUGCCUUGGUGCUGGAGGUCUGGUAGACCUCAGUGAGAUCUUGUGUCUCGGGAACCCCGAGGAUGAGGUCGAAGAUAUGGGAGGGGUAGAGGUGUGGGUGUUUGACGCGCGACGGCCGUGGAACUUGGCCAAUGUAUUCGGCGGCGAGACCAGUGGAGGACAGAAUGGGAAUGAUACGGCUACUUUGCGGCGGAAUACGCGCGGUGUGGACAAAGGCCGCAUCACCCCUUCGUUUCGCGCGGGGAAGGGCGGCAUUGUCGUUUACGACGAUGGGGAUAUUGAAGAUGAAAUGGCCAAGGAGCGGGAAGCGUAUUGCGCGCUGCUGGAAAUGCCGGAAGUGGACGAUGACGAGGAGGAUCUUGACGAGUCGGCGAGUGAAGACGAGACCGAACGUCUGUCUAGCUCGGGUUCGAAAAAGCGCAAGUCGUGGCAAAGGGAGGACGAUGACGACGAGUCCGAAGAUGAGGAUGGGCCGCCUCGACAGCGGAGGAGGAGCAAUUCGGGUUCCUCCAUGGUCUUCUCUCCCCACAAACGAAGGAUCGGCCACGACUCCUCUAACUCGUCACGCUCCGUCACUCCAACCUCGCAAUCCCCGUCACCCAAACAGCCGAAGCAGCCUUCGGCACGAUCAUUGAAGCGGCGACUGCUCCAGAUGAAGCGAAAGCACGAGGGCGUGCUGCGGGAAUAUUAUUCCUCGGGUACGUCAUACGCGGAACCUAUAUCCUCUUUGGUGUACUCCCUUGCAUCCGAACUAGGCCGGGAAGACAACGACCUACUUUGGCUAGCCAUCAUUGGCGCUUCUAGCUUGGAGCUGAGUGGUCGUACAAUGUCCGGUGUUGGCAUCUCGAACGCAUCAGAAACGGGGGGGUUAGCCGGCUGGGGCGGAGAAAGGGGUGAACAGAUCCGCCAAAUACUCCGAGAUGAGGUUCACCGAUUGAAUCCUCCUGAUCCUUACGAACGAGAUCGCGAUAUACGGGGUGAGAUCAACGGCGUCAUCCCUACCACUGCCAGGUCACCGACAGACAAAGCCAUUCGACUAUCGCCGGAGCCUCGGUUCAUCCUCAUCAGACACUGGUCUCUUUAUGAGAGUAUGCUUCACAGUCCGUACCUGGCCUCACGACUACAUGUGUGGACCGAGAACGGCCGGAAACGACUCCACAAGCUGCUAGCAAAGAUGGGAAUCAGUCUCAGCCAGUGCCACCAGAACUACACGCAUAUGGAUAUGGAAUUGAAGAGGGUGCUGCGACAACGACUGCUCAAAUAUGCGCCUAUGUACGGAUUGAACGGAUUGGUCCCUGCCGAGGCAUCUGGACAUGCCGCUUCCCGGGAGGGAUGGGGUUUUGUGCGGUGCUGGGGCUGGAAGGCCUGCCUCUCUGCCACAGAUGUUGGCGUUAUCGUGAGCGCUAUACUGGAGGUUGGGCCCGAGGAGGCCCCUGGAUCGUGGGACUCGAAGCGCAUACGAUCCCGAAGCGCAGCCGAGUCCAAUCAUGCCGACGGAACGACCGAGUCAGACCUAGCGAGUCUCUUGCCCCGAUUUUGGAGCGCAUAUGAUGCCCUUUCCCUCACGUCCGAGUCCCCGACGCUUCUGCUAGAAUCGCUUCCGCUAGCUCAGCAUCUUCAUCGGGCUAUCCUGCGCACUGGCACGUCACUCCUCUCGAAGUAUCAGAUCCGCCAUCUGCGGGCUUUCCGCAUCGCUGUCGUCAAAGACGGACCCGAUGUGAAACUUUUCACCAACCCCGGAGCAUUGACCAAAUUGGCCUUGUGGAUUGCCGAGGCUAUCAAGGUUCAGGAGCGCGAGCGAGGUGAUACCGUCAAAGUCGGGCGGAAGAGGGCUACCGGCACGCCUCUCGUCCUGGCCGGACUGGACGAAGACCGCGGGCUUUAUGUCGUAGUGGGCACCGGUGGAGGUGGCGGCGUGAUCGACUACGCUGCCUUGAACAAACGCCGCGAAGAGCGCAAGAAGAAGAAGGAAGAGAAAGAGAAGAAGCGGAAGGAAAAGGAAGAGCGACGGGCGAAACGUGCAGCUGAGAAAGCCGCACGAGAGGAGGAUGAGGACGAAGAAGAAGAAACCGAAGAAGAGGAUUCGUCUGAAUCCGAAUCUGAGUCGGAAGACGAGCAAGAGGCCCGCAGUAAUUCUUAUCUCCUCCGCAAUCGAUUUGGAAUCGCCUUCCAAGAGGUUGUGCAGGAGACCAACACUCGAGUCCGGAUUGAUAGCUUCGAGCACUGUGUGGUCGAGGUGCAAAAGGAGGAUCUUGGCGCAUUUCUCGAAGCCCUGAGUUUCCGCAGCGUGGUGGGUUGA